AUGAGGGCUCGUAUCAUGUUACUUGAUGCCAAGGCACCACACACUGUGUUGGAUAAAACUUCUAGAGCUGCUAAUGAUAUUCUCAAGACUAUGAGGCGUAUAGCUGAGCAUUCCAUCCCUAGAUCUGCCGAAAAUAUUGCACUAGCUGUGGGAGCGCUUUGUACGGUCCUGCCCCAGUCUGCCCAUGCUGUUAAAUCAACUGCUUCAAAGUUCAUGUUGAAUUGGUUAUUCCAGUAUGAACAUGAAUAUCGCCAAUGGUCAGCAGCAAUUUCUCUUGGAUUGAUCUCAAGUUGCCUUCAUGUGACCGAUUACAAACAGAAAUUUGAAAGCAUCAACGCACUCCUUCAGGUUGCAUCUCAUAGCAAAAGCACUCUUGUGAAAGGAGCUUGCGGAGUUGGAUUGGGUUUUUCAUGUCAAGAUCUUCUUACCGGGGUUGCAGCUGAAGAUGACUCCCUCUUGAAUAAAGAAACACACAAGAUGCAGGAAGCGGAUUUAUUAGGAAAGAUUGUUAGGGCUUUAUCUCUGAUGAUAUGUCCAUUUACGCAAUCUUCUUGUGAGGUUCUACAAAGCUUAUCUGCAUAUUUUCCUGUGAGACCAGAUGAUAUUGAUUCGGAUCCCACUAUUAAUUUGUUGGGUAGGAAUUACGAUAACUUGGAGGAAGAUAUAUGGGGUGUUGCAGGACUUAUCCUGGCUUUGGGGAGUUCUGUUAGUGCAAUAUACAGAACUGGGGCCCAUGAUGCUGUGCUUAAGAUCAAAACCUUAAUCUUAUCGUGGAUCCCCCACUUGAAUUCUUCAGUUCAACCCACUGCUGUCGGUGAAACAUGUGAGAUAGCCUUAUCUGUGGGCUCUUGUCUUGCGCUUCCUAUCGUAGUGGCUUUCUGCCAGAAAGUAGAACUGAUUGAUGAUACUGACCUGGACCAUCUAGUGAGUGGCUUUAUAGGGCUCAUUUCUGAACUAAUAUCUGUUAAAAAAUCUGGCAUCUUCCAUCAGAGCUUGUUGAUGGCAUCUUGUAUUGGAGCAGGAAAUCUUCUUGCCUGUAUUUUAAAUGAAGGCGUGCAUUCCUUGGAAGCUAAGCAUGUUAAAGAUUUGUUGGCAUUGUUUAGAAAAACUAGUUCUGAUCCCCAUCCUCCUCUUAUCCACUUGGGUGGGAUGCUUGGCGUUGUAAAUGCAUUUGGUGCUGGCGUGGGGACGUUGGUUCAACCUCACCCUUUGACCUCUUCGAACACUGUUUAUAAUCAAGAGGAAUCUUCUUAUAUCACGGGUCCUCUACUUCGAAGCCCUGUUCUGGAGCCUGAUUUGACUUCACAAGUACAGGAGAUGUUUCUUGUUGCUAAAAAUUCUGAUGAUCAUCAACUGCAGCAGUAUGCAGCCUGGGCAGUUUCAUUGCUUAGACACUAUUUGUGGGUCAAGGAAAUUCGCAUCGAGGACAGUAGUAUGCAACGUGAUGCAGUUGGUUCGAAGCUCAUAUCUCAAGCAUUUCCUGAGGAUAGUACAGUCAUGAAGAUCUCUUUGUGGCUAAUGCAUCUGAGCUCUCCUGGGACAGGUACCAUUUUGCAUGUUAACACAGUUGCAACUGCAUUGCGGUGCCUUUCACAAGCUCCGAGAUUGCCACCAGUGGACUGGGGAGCAAUCAUCAGAAGGUGCAUGAGAUAUGAGGGUCAAAUUGCUGAACUGUUACCCCCAAAUUCAGAUCUUAAGAAAGGAAUCCUUAGGGAGGAAUGUCUACAGUUCUCUUUAGCUCAUGCAAGCCAAUUUGAUUCUCUUCUUAGCUUCCUCGAUGAGCUAUCUGAUCUGUCCAGGUUCCGGACCCUGGAGCUGAAUCUGCAGUCGAGUAUGCUCUUUCAUCUGGCAACUCUAAUAAAGACAUUCUCAGGUUCUAGGAUUGAGAAACUAUUGGAUGACAUGUCUAAUUUCAUGUACUGGUUGGUUUCUUCUGACCAGCUUUAUAACCCAGAACAGAAAAGCUUGUUGCGGGUUUCAUGCUGGAAGGGUCUUUAUCUGUGUUGGGAUGAGACUUCUCUUGAUUCUCAAGAGUAUAUUUCUAACCUGGAACACUGCAUGGAGGUGCUCUUUUCUUCUUUGCCUGGUUUGCACUCAGCUCCUGUAUUGGGAUCAGUUCAGGGAUAUCUAGUACAUGAGUGGUCUGUUGCAGUUAGAUGCCUGGGGAAGGUUCAAAGGGGUUGGUUAUUGGACCUUCUGCAGGUUUCAGAGUUCAGUUUGAUUGAAGGGAACAGCCCCUUUUUUGAGGUCAUGAAAAAGAUUCAAGCAAAGGCCAGGCUAGUUCGGAUGGGUUGCAUUCCAUUGAGUGAACUGGGAACACUGAAAGCUUAUAUAUUGAACUACAAAUCAGAAGCUAUAUGGGACGUUCUGGUAGAAGUUGUUGCAACUUUGCAUCAUGCAGGGGGAAGUAUCAAAAGACAGUGGCUUGCUGAUGCUGUGGAAAUUAGCUGUGUCACAAGUUAUCCUUCUACGGCUCUGCAGUUCAUUGGCCUGCUAAGUGGUAGUUGCUCUAAAUAUAUGCCUUUUCUGAUUGUGGAUCGGUUGACUGUGUUGAGUGACCUACCGGUCACCCUUAAAUCUCUUCUAUCAGACAGCAGUUGGGAGGUGGUGGCUGAAUCUGUGGUUUUGUCUCUGUGGACAUCAACAGAACGGAUAUAUGAAUGGGCCAUGCGUAUAGCUCGUGGUGAUGAUUCACCCAGCCCACAACCUAUUGACAAAAGUGAGAACGAUAUGGCUGUUUUUCUUUUGCAGGUGAUGCAUCAAGCCUGUGUUUCUUUGAAAGGUUAUUUGCCUCUAGAGAAGCAGCUUAAGGUUGCUAACCUGGUGGUCCCCUGAAUUUUACAAUGGGACUAUAUGAAGGCAAUUUGGGUGCAAGUCUAAUAAUGCUAAUCUCUACAAUAUGUAUCAUUAACAGUUUGUAAAGAUUCUUUGGCCACUAGCUUCAAAAAAGAAAAAAAGUUCGAAGAUGAUGAAGUUGUCAUCAAGAUCAGCAAGCGAAGAACUCUAGUGAAUUGGCCAAAAGACCCAAAAGUCUAGUCUAGAGUAGGGG